AUGGACGACAACUUUAUCCCCACCAGUUGGCUGACGCUGACCAUCACCAACAAGACUCGCCAUAUUGCCGAUGACGGGACACUCGACGUCGCGAUUUCCGGUCAGCGAGGCGCAUAUCUAAUCGAGCUCUUGCCGGAGGAUAGCACUGCACCCUGGGGCACCAUGGACGAUGACAUCUGCUUCAACAUCCAGCUUCCUUGUCAAGUUGACGUCAAGUGCCACUUAUCGAUCAACGCGAGUGAAGACAAAGGAGGCAUUGUCAAUUUGGUUAUGGUUGUCGAGAAAUGGAGGAUAGUCAAGUCCCCGUCGCCGGAUUUCUUGCUCUCUAGAGAUAAUGGUAACCAACGAUGUAACGAUGUGCAAAAUUAG